AUGCUCGCCCGCUCGGCCAGGAAAGCGAUCCCUUCACGCCCGCCAAAGCAGAUCUUUCGUUUCCGCGGCUGUCUCUUCUCCCACCACGAUGCAAAGCGCCCUGCUAGACACCUCGCCACCCAGGUCCAGCACCACAUUCCAGCGUCAGUCGACGACAGAGCCCUGGUCACCCUCUUCGACAACCCCAGAUCGUCCUUCCGCGCGCCCCCGCUCUCAGUGACAGGUCUUUUUGGCCACCCUAAUCUCACACACCCUGGUGCACUCAUCUCACUUGCCGACUCCACUCUCGUCCGCGCUCAGCUACUCACGGACCGCAUACUUCGCGCCCGGGAAUCGAGAGAUGAGCUGGGGAAAGUGGUCAAGAAUCUCGACCGUCUCAGUGAUAUGCUUUGCGGUGUCAUAGACCUCGCCGAGCUUGUCCGGAACGCCCACCCCGAUCGCGUGUGGGUCGAUGCCGCUAAUCACGCAUAUGAGUCUCUUUGCGAAUUUAUGAACGUGCUCAACACACAUGUCGGCUUGUAUGAGGUUCUUAAGGCCGUUUUAUCCGACCGAACUAUAGUCGAAUCCCUCAGUCCCGAAGCUUACCAAACCGCUCUCAUAUUCUGGCGCGACUUUGAGAAGUCUGCUAUCAACCUGCCUCCUGCCGAGCGGAGCAAAUUCGUAUCGCUAUCCUCCGAUAUCCUCGUUCUCGGUAGACAGUUCCUUGAAGGUGCCAAUGCGCCACGACCUCCGGCCUCCAUCAAGCCCUCCGAGCUUACAGGACUGAAGGACAAGGGCAUGGGGGUCAGGCUGCAGCUUCAAGCACAGUUCACUCAGCGUGAUCUUCUUGUUUAUCCAGGUUCCCUCCAGGCCCAAAUGAUUAUGCGUUCAGCACCCGAAGAGGAGCCCCGGCGGCGGGUGUACCUUGCAGUGAACUCGAGCACCCCAGAGCAAAUAGAAGUCCUCGAGACGCUCCUGCGGAAGCGUGCAGAACUCGCCCGCCUUGUCGGACGCGAAAGCUUCGCUCAUAUGACACUUGACGAUAAAAUGGCCAAGACGCCAGAUAACGUUAAUAAUUUCCUCGACGCUCUUCUCAAACACACACGACCGUUUGCUAGACGUGCGCUGCGUACUCUCAGCCAGCGGAAGCAGGCCCACCACAGGCUUUCCGAACCUCCCAUUAUUCAGGCAUGGGAUAGAGAUUUCUACUGCCCGCCUGAACCACCCGCUCCGCCAAUACCUCUUCCUCCACUGACUCUCGGCACUGUAUUUAUGGGUCUUUCUCGUCUAUUCCAACAUCUAUACGGAAUAUCACUUCGCCCAGCCGGCUCGGCACCAGGCGAAGUCUGGCACACGGACGUGCAUAAACUAGAUGUCGUAGAUGAAGACAAGGGGAUUAUUGGGUGGAUAUAUGCCGAUCUAUUUGCUCGGAGAGGGAAGGCGAGCGGGGCUGCCCAUUAUACCGUUCGAUGUUCGCGAAGGACAGACGACGACGAUACUCAGGGAGAUGGGAGGGUUGAGGGCACAGAUUUGCGCAUGCGGGAGUCGGAGGACUUCGAAGCCCUGAAGAGGCAUCGUCUUCCAAACCAGGAGGGUACUUAUCAGCUGCCUUUGGUUGUGCUGCUGUGCGAAUUCCCUCCUCCAUCUCUGGUGAAAGGGCCGACAGUUCUUGAAUGGCAUGAAGUUCUGACAUUGUUUCACGAAAUGGGCCAUGCCAUGCAUUCGAUGAUUGGUCGAACGGAGUACCAGAACGUAGCUGGUACACGAUGUGCCACUGAUUUUGUUGAGUUGCCGUCCAUCCUCAUGGAACAUUUCCUCAACUCGUCGGCCGUCUUGUCCCUUUUCGACGUCGACGGCUCGUCUAACAUUUUGCUCGCAGCGAUCGAUCAAGUGUAUCAUUCACCUGCAGUCCUUGAGACGUCUUUUGACUCAAGCGCUGCGCUUGCCAAACUGCAUGACACCCGUGGUUUGAUUCCUUACGUUCAAGGAACGUCAUUCCAAACACAAUUUGGGCAUCUUUUUGGAUAUGGUGCAACUUAUUAUUCCUAUCUUUUCGAUCGUGCCAUAGCGUCUCGAGUUUGGAGGCAAAUUUUUUCGAGCGAUCCUCUCAACCGGAUUACUGGCGAAAAAUACAAACACGAGGUUUUACGAUUUGGUGGCGGAAAAGAUCCUUGGAGGAUGGUUGGGCGCCUGCUGACCUCCCCAGAAUUGGAGCAUGGUAAUGCGGACGCAAUGCGGAAGGUAGGACAAUGGAAAAUUGAUGAUGAUGUGGGGCAACCUGGACGACAUUGA